GCUUAGUUUGUGACGGAAUUAUUUAGUAGUUUCCGGUCUUUAACUAUUCUUCUGUCUAGUUGAAUCGGCAUAAAUUAUGUAAGCAUUACUUGUAGGGCCCACCGAAACGGCGGAAGAUAAAGAUCCUAAACUCCGCUAGCUCGAGUACAGAGUGUUGCAUUGCGCCACUUCACUCACUCUCUCAGUCUCUCUUAUCACUCCAUCUCUCUUUAUCUGUCUCAGUUCCAGCAAAACUAUGGGUCUGUGGUGUGUGCAUGCCAGAAGCAGUGGAUUUAUGCUGACGAAUUUGUUCCCGGAGAAAUCCGUUUGCUGGAGUUCAAAGAAUUAUUCGAUGAAUUCGGAGCUCCGUUCGUCAAAGCCGGAAUUUGUGCCGAGUAAUUGCAGGCGUCGAUCGGUUUCAGCUAGAGCUAUGGCGAGAAGGAGCUCCGGAAAUUCCAGUAAUUCUAAUUCGAAUUCCUCUUCUAAUUCUGGAGGAAACAGUGAUAAUUUGAAAGCUGGAGGAGAUGGAAACGAUCCAAUCGAGAAAUCUGAUGAUACAAGCUCACGGAACCCCCAAUGUAAACCCUUGGAUUGGAGAGAGUUUAGGGCGCUGCUCUAUUUUCUGGAAAGGGCUGAAAAAGCUAACGUUCAUAGCCAAGGCGAAACAUCACCCAGUCUAAAAUCUCUUCCCUCCAAGUGGGCACACCCUAUUUCAGCGCCCGAAAACGGCUGCCUCCUUAUUGCUACGGAAAAGCUAGACGGAGUCCGCUCCUUUGAGAGGACGGUAGUACUUCUUCUCAGAUCUGGAACCAGGAAUCCACAAGAGGGGCCAUUUGGGGUAGUCAUAAACAGACCCCUUCACAAAAAGAUGAAACAUAUGAAUCCCACUAACAUUGCGUUAGGGACGACUUUUGCCGACUGUUGUUUGCAUUUCGGAGGACCCCUCGAUGCCAGCAUGUUCCUGCUGAGAGCUGGGGAAACUACUGGACUUGCUGGUUUCGAGGAGGUGAUUCCGGGGGUAUAUUUUGGCUCCCGGAAUAGUUUGGAUGAAGCAUCAGCGAUAAUAGAAAAGGGAAAACUUCUGCCUCAAGAUUUUAGAUUCUUUAUGGGAUAUGCGGGAUGGCAGCUGGACCAGCUAAGAGAGGAAAUUGAAUCUGAUUACUGGCACGUUGCUGCAUGUAGUGCGAACUUGAUAUCUUGGGAAUUGCAGGAUUCUCCCUCCGACAAUUUGUGGGAAGAGAUUCUGCAGCGAAUGAGGGAUCCCUACUCGGAGUUGAGCCGCAAGCCUAAACAAGACAUCUAGUGCUUUUCUGAGCAACUUAAACUUGAAUUUAAGAUCAUGGACGGAACAUGCUCAAAUGUACAGUAUUCGACUCAAGAGUUCGUAUAAGAGUAAUUUUAUUGUUUUGUUUCUCUCCCUUCUUACUCUAUAUGAAUGAAAGUCAUGUUUAUAAA